UGGUCUUUUCAGAGGUGAAGUUCUCCUCUGCACCUCCUCCCUGCUUCUUUGACAGUCCACAGCAUCUCUGUUAUCUCUCUACGUCCAUCCUCUUCCAUCUUUAAUCCUUUUUUUCCCUUCUGAACCACCAUCAUCUCCCUUCUUUUACCUCCCAAGUCCUCCUUCAUCUCACAUCCGAGGUGGACUCGUGUUUUCAAACUUUGACGGUGAAUUUUCUCCUGUUUCUGCUGGGAUCCUCCAGCAGCUGCUGCCCUGAGCUGUGACUGACAGGCUCAGGACCUCAGUGUGAUUUGCUGCCGUAGGUCGUUGCUCAUCCACAGCGCCCCCUGCAGUCAUGUGUGACGAUGAGGAAAGCACUGCCCUGGUCUGCGAUAAUGGGUCUGGACUCUGUAAGGCGGGGUUUGCCGGAGACGACGCCCCCAGGGCUGUGUUCCCCUCAAUCGUGGGCCGUCCCAGGCACCAGGGAGUGAUGGUGGGCAUGGGGCAGAAGGACAGCUACGUCGGGGAUGAGGCUCAGAGCAAAAGAGGAAUCCUCACUCUGAAGUACCCCAUUGAGCAUGGCAUCAUAACCAACUGGGACGACAUGGAAAAGAUUUGGCAUCACUCCUUCUAUAAUGAGCUGAGAGUGGCUCCAGAAGAACACCCCACCCUGCUGACAGAGGCACCACUCAACCCAAAAGCCAACAGGGAGAAGAUGACCCAGAUCAUGUUUGAGACCUUCAAUGUUCCUGCCAUGUAUGUGGCCAUCCAGGCCGUUCUGUCGCUGUACGCCUCUGGACGGACUACAGGUAUCGUCCUGGACUCAGGUGAUGGUGUUACACACAAUGUGCCAAUCUAUGAAGGGUACGCUCUGCCUCAUGCCAUCAUGAGGUUGGACCUGGCAGGCCGCGACCUCACCGACUACCUCAUGAAGAUCCUGACUGAGCGAGGAUACAGCUUUGUCACUACAGCUGAGAGGGAGAUUGUCCGUGACAUCAAGGAAAAGCUGUGCUACGUGGCCCUUGACUUUGAGAACGAGAUGGGCACGGCAGCCACUUCGUCCUCCCUUGAGAAAAGCUAUGAGCUUCCUGACGGACAGGUCAUUACCAUUGGCAACGAGAGAUUUCGCUGUCCCGAGACGCUCUUCCAACCUUCCUUCAUCGGUAUGGAGUCCGCUGGAAUCCAUGAGACGACCUACAACAGUAUCAUGAAAUGUGACAUUGACAUCCGCAAAGAUCUAUACGCCAACAACGUCCUGUCAGGAGGAACCACCAUGUACCCAGGAAUCGCCGACCGCAUGCAAAAGGAGAUCACUGCGCUAGCGCCCAGCACCAUGAAGAUCAAGAUCAUCGCACCUCCAGAGAGGAAGUAUUCCGUUUGGAUCGGCGGCUCCAUCUUGGCGUCUCUCUCCACCUUCCAGCAGAUGUGGAUCAGCAAGCAGGAGUAUGAUGAAGCUGGACCCUCCAUUGUCCAUCGCAAGUGCUUCUAAAGGACCUUUGGAUCUGCAGCACCCCCUUCAGUUUGCACCGCAUAAAAAUGAUUUUAACCUGCAUUGGUCCCUAAUAAGAAAUCCCCAAAAACUAGCCACAGGGUUAACAUCAUCAGGAAGUUUAAGGUGUUAGAUGCCCCCUCCUGGCUAAAUGUUGAAUACCUUCAAGUGUUUUUGGUGGACUGAACCUGCAAAUGUCCAGAACCUAAUUGGUGAUUUCCCAAACAUCAUCCCUCUAAGCUCACCUCAAAACUGUGAAUGUGCUGCUUGUCCUCCACCUCUUUGCCUACCCUCUGCUCCACCUGUGCCCCUCCCCCACCCUGUUGAAAGAGUCUCCUGUCAAAAAGUGUGUCUUUAUUUUUGACAAAUAAAGCUUGAAUAUCCCCCCCCCCCCCCCCCCAUCAUUCUUCGCUCUGCAUGAAGAGGAUAUCACAGCGCACACGCAGGUGUCCCUGAGUUUGGACUGUAGGCAGGCAGGUGAGCUGGAGGCGUGGCCUGGAGAUCUAGCAGAAUGCUGUGUGAUGUCGACAACGUGGAUUUGACAGAAUAAAGAGCUCUUGUCCCAAAUGAA